CAAAUUCAACUUCUCUUUUCUUCCCAAACCCUCCUCUCCUCUCUCUGUUUCUACUACAAAUACAAAGUAGAAAGAAAACAAAGGAAAGAAGAAAAUCUAUGGCGGAUGUUGUACAGUACAAGCUGGAGCGUAUGCUCCCUGAGCUCGACGACCUUGAAAAACGCUGUCUUUUUAGCCGCCAGGAAAUAGCGGAAAUAGUGAAACAGCGCCGGAAAUUUGAGUACAGGCUGAAGAGACCUAGUCCAUUGAAACAGGAUUUUGUAGCAUACAUUGACUAUGAGAAAAGUCUCGAUUCUCUAAGACUUCUACGUAAAAAAGCUCAGAUGAAAACAACAGGCGAUAGAAAGCUGAAAAAGUCUGUUUCAGAUUAUGCUGGAGUUUCCAGGAUUAUUGAGAUUUAUAGGCUCGCCACCACCAGGUUUAAGGGAGAUAUAGAGCUUUGGUUUCAGUAUUUGGAGUUCUGUAGGGAGCGAAGGAACGGUCGAAUGAAGAAGGCCCUUGCGCAGGUAAUCAGGUUUCAUCCUAAGGUGCCUGGAGUAUGGAUAUAUGCUGCAGCUUGGGAAUUUGAUAACAACCUAAAUGCUGCUGCUGCUCGUGCCCUAAUGCAUAGCGGCUUGAGAGCAUGUCCAACUUCUGAGGAUCUUUGGGUAGAAUAUCUCCGAAUGGAGCUAACUUACCUAAAUAAAUUAAAGGCCCGCAAAGUUGUGUUAGGAGAGGAUGAGGGAACACUAGCUCGUUCUGGCAAUAGUGCUAAAGAGGAACAGUGGAGAGAUGAGAACAAGGAAUUAUUUAUUGUCCUUGAUGAUAAAAGAGAGGAAGACAAAUUAUCCAACCUUCACGACGGAGACUCUAAGGAAAAAUUAGAUUUGUUUAGGAAACAAGGUUUAAGUGUUCUCCAGACAGUUUAUGGUGGUUCUAUUAAAGCCCUCCCUUCCAGUUUCAGUUUAAGAACAAAGUUUCUUGACAUACUAGAAGCAACAGAUUUAGGUCAUUCAGAAGAUAUGCGAAAUGAAAUACUUGCUGAUAUGAAACGGGACUUCUCAAAAGAACCAAAGUAUUGGGAUUGGCUUGCAAGACAGGAAGUGAUUGAUCUUAAUAAUCCAGAGACUACUGAAGCAAUGACAGUUGAUCAAUUAAGCAGCGCUAUUCAGGUUUAUGAGGAGGGUUUAAAAAUUGUUCCUUCAGCUUCAAUGUUUGAUUGUUAUGCAAAGUUCCUGACGGAUGUCAUCCAUUUUAAAAACAAGGGAAGUCAAUCUUCUGAGCUUUUCAGUACAGCUAGUCAUGCUAUGGAUCCUAUUUCACAUCUCUUGGUAGUAUAUGAAAAGGCUGAAACCAUGGGGUGCAUCACAGAAGAUCUUGCUUGCCAGCAUGUUUCUUUUCUACUGCAACUUGGGAAAGUAGAUGAAGCUAAGACUUUGGCGGAGAAAUUGUGUUCUGGAAAAUUUUCAGAAGCAGUGCAGCUAUGGACUUUACGAUUCUCAAUAGAAAUGAGAUUUAUCCAGAAGAACUGUACUCCAAAUAAGGCAGCUCUGUCUUCUAUCUUUGAACCCAUGAGAAAUGCUUUGUUGAAACUUCCCAUAUCAGAAGCAGAAACUAUAUGGCUUAUGGCGCUCAAAUAUUUUUCCACUCAUAAGAAAUUCUUUGACAAGUUGGUUGAGACUUCUAUAUCUUUACUGGCCAAAGAUGGUGGAAGUGAUGAUGGUUUUUCCCUCUCUGCUACCAUCGUCAAUUUUGUUCUGCAAAGGGAUGGACUUGGGAGUGCUAGAGAGUUGUAUAAGAGAUUUCUUGCUUUACCGCAUCCAGGACUUUCUUUGUACAGGAAUUGCAUUGAGCUGGAAUUGAACCUUGCGUCUAGUGGAGAUAAGAUUAGUCUUGGAAAUGUGCGAAAACUAUUUGAAACUUCACUUACAACUUAUGAUCAAGAUGUCAGAUUGUGGCAAGACUAUUAUAAUAUGGAAGUCAAGAUUAUGAUCCAGCGAUUGUUGAAGGUAGUGGGGAGGUUUCUUAAAUGGGCUUUGGGUGUGGAAGUAUUUGCUGCCGCUAUUUAUUAUUGGGAACAUCAGAAACUGCAGCAGCCAUUCACUGGCGAGCACGGAAAACCCUGAAGAAGAGUAUUUCCCUUCUACCCUCACUGAAUAUGUGAUCAAUCUCAUGUGUGAAUACUGUCAAAAUUUUGACUUGGGAAUGAAUACUUUGAGCAAGUAAUAUAACCAAAGUUCUCUGUGGAGGUCUGGCUAAUGUGAUUUCUUAAGCGGUGCACCAUCUCAUAUAUCAUUGAGCUGCCAAUCUUGAUCUACAUCACACUUUGCGGUAUUGGUUGACAUGCUUUAGGAUAUUAUGUCACUGUUAAAAGAGCUUCCCUAUUUUCUUAGGCAGGACCUUGGCAACAACUGCUUUUAGGAGAGCUAUUGUCAUCUGUUAUUCAAUUUUCUUGACCUCUCAAACUAGUUGGAACGACAAUUUUGUAGACAAGCACAUUUAGCUUUGUGUGUCAAACAGACAUUGUACCAUUUCUAUCAAGAAAGCCUUCAUAUGGUUUCUUCUAAUUUCAAGUGUUCAAAUAUAGUAAUAUCUUCAUGUUGA